UCGAUUUUCAUUAGUUUCCGGAGUUUGCAUUUUCUUUUAUGUUUCCCUUGUUCUCUUGUAGUCCUUGUCGAAUAUAAUUUUUGAGAUCUUCCAAUUCCUACCCUUGAAUAAUUCGAGAAUCUUCCACAACUGGGUCUGGCCUUAUAUGUUUUUCUCCAAGAGUUUUUUCCCUGAUUUAAACAAGGAAGCCUUUUUAUUUCUCCCCUCCUCUUUCAUUACUUAUUUAUGCUUCGCCUUUAAUUUAUCCUUCCGUGAUUUUUAAUUUAUUCAUAUAUUUUUCAGUUUUAAAAAAUGUUAACAACGACAAAGUUUAUUCUGAUCUCUUCAAUUCUUUUAUUUUUGUCAAUAUCUCAUGACGCCAAACGCUUGAUUGGACGCAAGUUUGACGAUCCAGCCGUUCAAUCCGACAUGAAGCAUUGGCCGUUCAAGGUUAUUCAAGGAGAAGGUGCUCGUCCAAAAAUCCAGGUGGAGGUUAAAGGAGAAAUGAAGACGUUCUUCCCUGAGGAAGUCUCCGCCAUGGUUUUGACUAAAAUGAGGGAAACGGCCGAAGCAUUUUUGGGACAAACCGUGAAAGAUGCUGUCAUCACUGUGCCUGCGUACUUCAACGACAGUCAACGCCAAGCCACAAAGGAUUCUGGAACGAUUUCUGGACUCAAUGUUUUGCGUAUCAUCAACGAGCCAACUGCUGCGGCCAUUGCUUAUGGUUUGGAUAAGAAGGGCCAAGGCGAGCGAAAUGUAAUGAUUUUUGACUUGGGCGGUGGAACUUUUGAUGUGUCAAUCUUGACUAUUGAAGAUGGUAUUUUUGAGGUUAAGUCGACUGCUGGAGACACUCACCUUGGAGGCGAAGAUUUUGACAAUCGAAUGGUCAACCAUUUCGUGGCUGACUUCAAGCGUAAGCACAAGAAGGACCUUGCCACCAAUCCACGUGCUCUCCGUCGUCUUCGUACUGCUUGUGAACGCGCUAAGAGGACUUUGUCUAGCUCCACUCAAGCGAGAGCUUUGCGCCAUUUGUUCCGCAGUACUAUGGAUCCAGUUGAGAAAUCAAUUCGUGAUGCUAACAAUAAGAUGGACAAGUCUCAAAUUCAUGACAUUGUUUUGGUUGGAGGUUCAACUCGUAUUCAAGUCCAGAAGCUUUUGUCUGACUUCUUUUCUGGCAAAGAACUUAACAAGAGCAUCAACCCGGACGAAGCUGUCGCCUAUGGAGCUGCUGUUCAGGCUGCAAUUUUGUCUGGCGAUAAGUCUGAGAAUGUUCAGGAUCUUCUUCUUUUGGACGUUGCUCUACUCUCGUUGGGAAUUGAAACUGCUGGAGGUGUCAUGACUCCGUUAAUCAAGAGAAACACGACUAUUCCCACCAAGACUUCUCAAACAUUUACUACUUAUUCUGACAAUCAGCCUGGUGUUCUUAUUCAGGUCUAUGAAGGUGAACGUGCUAUGACUAAGGACAACAACUUGUUGGGCAAAUUCGAGUUGAGUGGAAUUCCUCCUGCUCCUCGUGGUGUUCCUCAAAUCGAAGUCACCUUUGACAUUGACGCCAACGGAAUUUUGAAUGUUUCUGCCCAAGACAAGUCGACUGGAAAGCAAAACAAGAUCACCAUUACUAAUGACAAGGGACGUCUUUCCAAAGAUGAGAUUGAGCGCAUGGUCCAAGAAGCUGAGAAAUAUCGUGGAGAGGAUGAAAUUCAGCGUGAUCGUGUUUCUGCUAAGAACGGACUUGAGUCUUACUGCUUUAACAUCAAGCAGACAAUGGAGGAUGAUAAGGUUUGAUUUUGAGGGAUAAAGCGGAGAAUGGGUGUCUUGAGGUUGGUAACUUGUUUUAGGAUAGGAUGGGUUAUUUUGGGGGAUGAACUGAGGCUAGGAAUAGAUUGUCUUGUGUGGUGAUAAUUCUGGGGAAAGGUUUGGGCAGCCUUAAGGUGUAUGGACUGGGGUCAGGGAUGAAAUGUCUUGUUGGGAGUGGACUGGGGAUAGGGAUGGUGUGUCUUCCGUCUUCCUUUUCCCACGUCCUUUGCUUUUUUGAAUCAGGCAGGGUCGACCCUCUUGUAAGGGACUUGUU